AUGUUUGUCUUCUUUCUUUCUUGCUUGUCUUUUUCGUAUUGUCUAUAUUCUCCGUACAUUUGUCUCGAUUGUCUCUCUUCAGUUUCCUCAUCUGAUUUCUGUUUCAUCGGUCUUUCUUUCCUUCUUUCUUCCAUCCUUCUUUUCUUCGUUCUUUCUUUCCUUCCAUUCUUUCUUUCUUUUUUUUUCUUUCUUUCUUCCAUAGUUCCUUUCUUCCUUCUAUCCUUCCUUCAUUUUUUGUUUGUUUGUUUGUUUAUUUAUUUAUUUAUAUUUUUGUUUUUCUUUCUUUAUUUAUUACUUUAUUUAUUGCGUUCUUUCUUUUUACUUGCAUUUUUCGUAUUGUUUAAAUACUGGAUGCAUUUUUCUUUGUUCAUAAUUCAUUUUAAUGUUUCUGCUUUUUUGUAUAUUUGUUUCCAUUGUUUUUGUUCAGUUUCCUCAUACGAUUUCUUUUUUGUUCUUUCUUUCUUUCUUUCUUUCUUUUCUGUCAUUUUUCUAUUCUUUCUUUCUCGUUCCGUCCAUUUUUUUAUUCUUUCUUUUAUUCAUUCAUUCUUUCUUUCUUUCUUUCUAGUUUUUUUUUCAUUCGAUUGUAUCUCUUGUGUUUCCUCGUCUGAUUUCUUACAUUGUUUCUUUCUUUCUAUCUUUAUUUAUUUAUUUACUUUCUUUCUUUGGUUGUUAAUUUAUUUAUUUACUUCUUCCACUAUUUUUUAUCUUUUUCCUUCUUUUUUCAUAUUGUCUAUAUUUUGGUUGAAUGUUUCCUUCUUUCUUCUUCCUUAUUUCCUUUUAUGUUUUCUUUUUUCUGGUCGUGUUUUCUUUCUUUCAUUUUCCAUUCUUUCUUUCUUUUCUCAUUCACUUCAUUCUUUCUUCCUUCCUUCUGUCUUCCCUCCCUUCCUUUUCUUCUUUAUUCCUACCCCUCUUUCUUUCAUUUUCGUAUUUAUUAAUCUUGUUUCCCCAUAUGAUUUCUUUUUUCGUUCUCUUUUUCUUUGUUUCAUUCUUUCUUUUAUCCUGUCUGUCUUCUUUCUUCCCUUCCUUCUUUUCUUUCUUUCCUUCCUUCCUUUCUUUCUUCUUUCUUUUCCUUCUUUCUUUAUUUCCUUCUUUCUUUCUUUGAGAUUUCAUUUUUGCUUAAUUUUCUUUCUAUUUGAACUUGUAAUUUCUCUGACCAUUUAUUUUCUUUACUUCGAUAUCUCUUCGUUUUAUCUUCUCUCAGUUAUCUCUCAGUAUUUUUAUUCCUUUGAAUUUCUUCUUUGUCUGCUUCCACGUCAUCUGCCUUUUUUUUACCCUCUUUUCUUCCUAUCACUUCUUCUCUGUUUCCAUUUCUAUUUAUUCCAGUCUCCUUUCUUUCCCUUCUUCGGCUCAAUAUUACCUUCUCCCUUGCUUAUAUUUGUAUUCCUUUUAUCUUAA